ACUAUCUAGCGGGACACACAGGCUCCUACCACUGUCUGCCCUCAUCUCCUGGCUUAUUCCUUGCAGCUGAAUCCCUCUGGAGCCCUCCAAGAAGUCUUUCCUCAGCAAACAGGACUUAAGACUUCAGGGGGCCAAUCAGGCCUGACGUUUAAGGGGAGAUAGUGGGAGAGUUCGAGGUCUCCCUGGGCUGGAGGUCAGGAAGGGUUCUGUUCUUGAAACCAAGGGGUUGGCUCCAGAGGAGCCCUGGGAGAGGAGGGGUGAGGAGUGGCCCCAGGGAGGCUAGACGGGGUGAACUGGAGGAAGGCGCUGCCCCUCGGAAGCAUUGUAGCCGGGGUGUAGCCGAGCACUGCCUGGCCUAGCCAGCCAGUCUCCAGCUCUGCUUUUACUAACCUGUUCUCCCCACAGGAAGAGGCUUUUAACCCUGUCAGUCAGAGGCAGGUGGGGCAGGACGGUGGGAAAGGACACAUCGACUCCUUUGUUCCUCUGCCAGAAUUAAGUCUGGACCAGACUUUCCCCUUCUCUAAGCUUCCCUCUUUCUGGUCUGCUGUGGACUCCUCACCAGAAAGAGAGAGGCUCAGAGAGGGCUCCCUCUUCCUCCUGGCACCCUUUAUAGGAGUCACCAGGCCUAUUUUCCUGUAUUGUCCUGGUUUCAGACCUUGUCUUUGUGAGGUAAAAUAACAGUGGCUAGUGUUGGGGUGUACUUACUUCAUAUUGGGGCCCCAGGGAUAGAUGGUUCACGUGUAUUAUUCUAUUUAAUAUCCAAACCACUCUACGAGGUACUACUAUUAAUAUUCCCGUUAUUCAGAGCAGAGAGGGGCAAAGUUACUUGCCUCCUGUAAGUUAUAAGUGACAGAGCUAGGAGCCUGGUCAGGGUCCUCUUACUACAGAGCCUGACCCUGAACUAUUCCUUCCUUAGUGCCUGUGGCAUCUCAGACUCUUGAGUGCCCAGGCAUUGCCCCUCCCCGCUCGGGUCCUCAUCCAGGUUACAUUCCUCUCUACAGCAGGAAUCUCAGCCUGGCCUGAACUAGUAGGUGGACUGUAGAAAGAACCCCACCAGGCAGGAUGCUGGUAGAGGUGAAGGAGGAGAAGCUGCUCCCUUCCUCCCGGCUCAGCUCCAGGUCAUCCUUCUGUGUGUUAACAGGAUGUUGAGAUCCCCCCUAAAUUUGGGUAUUGACCAAGAAAGCACAUGCAUCCAUUGCAUCCGACUCAGAUGCUCUUACUUAAGAAAGGGCCAUGUUAUUGACCCACAGUGGCACUUAGGUUUUAUAGGACUGCAAUAAAACCUCUGGUUUACAAAGAUGGAUUCCGACCAAGUCCUGGGGCCGACUGUACAUGGGCUUAGGGCAGAGCUACUCUUGAGGACCCAGGUCCUCUGUUGGUACUCUGCAGAACCUAGGUCCAUGGCCAUCCCUCAGACAUCUUUACCAUCUUGUAUCUCUUGGAUUGGUGUGGGGGAGGAGAGGUACCAUGAAGUGGCCCAGAUGCCUGUUCCCAAGGAAGCCAGCAGGGUUCUGGUUCCCAGAGGUGACAGUCAACUGGUUCCAGGCUUGUCCUGCAGCUCCCCCUCCUGGAGGAAGUCAGCAUCACCUUCCAGGACCUGUUUCCCAAAUCUCAGGAUCUUCCUUGGGUCAAAAUAAAGUUUUUCCAAGCCAAUGGAAAGGCAGUUAGCUUUUCCUCUCUCUUACAGCAAGCAGAAGAGAGCUUCCAGAAUACCUUUUGCUUAUUUUCCAACCCCCAACCAAAUCUAGGCCUCGCACUCACCCAGACAAUGGCAGCAGCCUCCUCACCUCCCUAUCGCCAGUCUUUCCCUUCUUUAUUCCGCCCUUCACGCUGAUGCCCAAGCAACCUCUCCAAAACGUCAGGCCAAUAUCCCUCGUUGCCUACACCCAGCCUGGUCUGAUAGCCAGGCCUCUGCUUCAGCCAUGCUAAAUGGCCCUCCUACAUGGGGCUGACAUCUUCCACACUAGUGAGGCUUCAUCCCUGGCAUAUCCUCUGAUUGGAAGGCCACCCAACUCUCUCCUUCAGGAAGCAGCUGGAGAGCUGCUUCUUCACUCCUGCAGGCAAAGUGGCAGUCACCCCCACUACCUGUGGCGCCACAGCUCUGGUCCUCAGCCCUUCUGUUAUCACGUCUCCUUGAAUUAUGCUGCCUUAGCAUUACACACUUAGAGUGAGCUUCUAGGAGUGGUAGUGGUGUCUUGUUCCUUUCUGUGGCUACUAUCACCCACCCUGCUUAGACAAGCCUGACAAGUGAGUAAGCCCUCAGGAAACAGACUGACUCUUCUGUGGUUACUGAGUAUUUCCUACGUCACCUGUGAAGAAAUAGGAACAGAUCUUCCUUAUCAGUGCUGGCCUGACCGACACCUCCAGCCCUGGAGACCACACAGAGAAAGGAGAUGCUCAGCCUUCUUGGGUCAGGCCUUAGCCAGAGAGCCCCCAGGUUCAGAGAUCUUCAGGGCUCAGGAAAGGGCAGGCCCUCCCUGGGCCCCAGGGUGUGGUCUCAUGCAAGGCCACUCCUUUGCAGGCCUCUGCUUCCUCAGCCAUAAAGUCAGGAGAUCAAACUCAGUUAUCUUGAAGAGCCCUCUACCUCUAAAAUUCCUGGAGAAUUCGUGCUCAUCCCUAUGGACAGCGUUUCAGUCUGCAUGGUCCCUGUAGAAGUAUCUCCUAGCUCAGUCAGGUCACUGCCCAGGGAGAAGUGUGGGCAAAAAAAUAAAUGUCCUGAUCCCACGGCUUGCCCUGAGACCUUGUCAUGGGGCCAGUGAGCAUCCAAGUGACCCUUAAAAGAGGGAACAGCCUGGGAUUAUGCCCAUUUUCUUCCUAUUUCCUCCAUAUGGGCCUGCCCACCCCCUCCCUUCCUGGAUGGCCAGGCCAUUCUUACAGGGGCCCCCCCAUAUGGUCCUGGACUUUGGAUGGCCUCAGCCUUUCAGAUCCUAACCUGUCCCUCUCUGCAGCUUCCUUGGCUCCCCACCUUGGUCUCCUUAUCUUGGUGCCUUUCAUGGGGCCCCUCUGUUAGGUGGAUGCGGUGCAAUGACACAUGGCCUUGGGGAGUUCACAGUCUAGUCCCCGAAAUAGUUAUAUAACCCACAGUGGUAGUAGCGUGUAGAUGCUACAAUGCAGGGCAAUACAGCACUGGGUGCUGCCUGGCUCAGCAGGAAGCAAGGCGCCGUGAGUCUUCAAGGGUACAUGUUAUACUAGCCAGGUUGAGGGUGAAGAAAUAAAGGCAUUUUAGGCAGGGGAAGCCCCACAGGCAGAGAGGGAAGGUAAGAAAAGGUGUAGUUGGUCAGGGAAUUACAGGAAGCCACUAAAAAGUUUUAAGGUAGUUGGGGUAAAACGAGCAGGGUGCUAGAGGGGUAGCAACACCAUCAGGGGUUCAGGAGUGUGUAGCAGAAUCAUUGGGUGGGUUGGUGGGGCAAGGGCCCACCGGCAGGGAGACUAGUGAGCUCUCACCUGGAGAUGACAGUGUCCCAGGCAAGGGUGCUGACGGGUGUCCGAGAGAUUCUCUGUCUGAGAGGGUAGAUUCACCUGCCUUCAUGCCUGAUUAGCUGGCAGGAGUCAAUGAGCAAAGAAUAGGAUGGGGUCUGGGGUGAUAUCAGGAUUUUGGCUUGAACAACUGUGUAGAUGAGAAGCAGGAAGAAAAGCAGGUUGGAGGGAGGAGAAAUCCAUUUAAUCUGGAAUUCCCUGUGUUUACGAUGUCUGAGGGACAUGCAAGAGGACCAGGAGGCAGCAGGAUAGGGGCUUUCCAAAAUGGCCAGCACUGGCCCCCUCUUCCCAGAGACCCCUGAGGAUCAGGCGCCGCAGUCAUCCAGUGGCUCAGCCACAGGGGUCCAAAGAGAACAUUCACCUCUACCACCACCCCUUGCCUGCCAGAAAAAGGCACCAAUUCCUCUGUCACCAGGGGCCACUCUGGGGGCAAAGUCUGGUCCAGCUGUGAGAGCUGCCCCUCCUGGGACAGGCAAAUGAACUCUGCCACGUCAGAAGGAAGAUUCCAAGUGUUGGUCCCCUCAAGGUCAGAUCAACGCAGGCCCCUUCCCUGGGAGACAGGGAGCAAGGCCAAGCACCCGCUUCCCAUGACGUGACAGUUCUUUUCCUUUCUCUUCCCCAAGUUCUUCCUUACCAACCGCCUUUCCAUCCCCACUGUUAUCUUGUCUGACCUUCAGGUUCAUCUGAGGAGGUUUUAAAUGCACAGAACCAGGCCCCGCCCCUGCAGAUUCUGAUUCAUUUAGGCCUGGGGUAGUGCCCAGGAAUCUAUAUUUCUGUCAAGUUCUUGGGCAAUCCAGUUCACUCUACUGGGGAAUCCUCCACCCUUCUUCCCAGCCUCUCCCUCUUCAGGCAUCUUAUUUGGGGGAUCACAGUCUGAGAAAAGGAAAAACGUUUAUUUUUAGCAAACCCAAGAUCCCAAGUAGGGGUAGGGGCAGAAUCCCCUCUUCCACCUGAGUGCCUAGGGCCAUAGACUGCUGCUCUGGUUCAGGCUUGGGAGAAGGGGAGCCCCCAGUGGGGCAGGACAGUCACUUGUACUGAGGAGAGGGUGGGGGUGCAAGUGGGGCAGCGCAGACACUUAGCAUCUUGUUGGUGUCCACCUGAGUUGACUUGAGCAUCUCAGCCUUGAGGCAACCGCUGACGCCCAGGCUGGGCAAACCCCCAGGCUCCUCGCCAGCUUCCUCUCCCAGGGGAACCAGAGUGUAGGUGGGGGUCAUGAACAUAUUGGGGCAGGGCAAAGUGAGGCCUGAGCCCAGCUCACCUGCCGUGGGCAGCAAGGCCUACAGUUGUUCCACACCUGUCUCCUUGGGGAUGAGGGCCAGCUCCGACUCAGGCUUCACCUCAGCCUCGGCCUCCCUGUCCCCCUCCCGUGCCUGGUUCAGCUCAGGGUUGCAAUAGUUGAUGUACUGGUACAGGGGCCGCAGGCGCUGGGCCUUUCCUGCAAGGACCCGGGGCAGGGCAGGUGCUGGAGCGCCAAGCUGUGCCAUGUCAGGGGUCCAGCAGGCGGGGGAUAAAGGGAAGGCCCGGGGAAUGCCACUCACGCUCCAGUCCUAAGGUCUCUGAGGACGCAGACACUGUGCUGGCCACCACAGGGAGCACUGGGGUUCCCACACUCUUGCGCUUCUUGGCUUUUUUGUGCUGUUUGGCAGACGGCAAGGGCUCACUCUGGCUACUCUCCCGCUCCUCCCUCUGCAGCGGCAUCCCCUGUGGCAGCUCAGCUUCAGCCCUAGGAUGGGCUUGGUGGCUAGGUCCUGGGAGGCUAGGGGACAAGAAGUCCUGAGGAGCCAGCCUCCAGCCUUGGCUCCUGUGCCCUGUCCUAGGGAAUAGCCCUGUCUACCUACCACCCCAGGCCCAGAUUCUUGUCCCUUUCCUGGUCAGUGAGGCCCGGGGCUGGACAGGGGCCAAGAGCUCAUGAGUUCAGCCCCUUACAAGGCUUUGAGACUCCCUCUCUGGAUGUUCCCUACAUCAGAGCUCUUGAGGGACAGAAGAGGGGAGGAGUGAUGGUGGUGGCAGGGGAUAAGUAUGUACACUGCAGGAAUGCCCGAUUUAGGAAUCCUACGGAAUCCACCCCCAUUCCACCUCCCCAGCCCUUCAGCUUCUUCCCUCUGAAAGCCCCCUCACUUGACCAGCUUCCUCUUCAGACCAUGACUGGUCCUCACAAUGGAGGCCAUAGGCCUGGGGCCUUUCUCCUCUAGUGCCUGCACCUCUGGCUUGUGCCUCUCUUCCUCCAGCUUGAGUCUUUCCUCCUGGAUCUUUGGCUCUGAGACUGGCCCUGUUGGACACUUGUCUUCACCCUGGGUUUGGCAGGCUUCAUGGGCUGGCACUAGGCACUGGUCUCCCAUAACUGGACACUAGAGGUGACACAUAGGUAACUGGUCACCAUGGCCAGGCAAAGGAUACAGGGAUCAGCCAUUAGAUACCAAAUACAGAUGAAGGGCACCAGCCCAUGCCCCUCCCAGGCUGUGGAGCCUGUCCUGGCAGUUAGGGGGUCAUUGCACAGAAGCUGGUCUCCUAAAGCUCUGUGGCCAAGUGUUUGAAGGCUAGACAGCCUAAUGGUCACCUCAGAAUUCUGCGCAUGGCCACCAGGCACCUCCGUAAGCUGUGACUGUCCCAAUGCUGUUCCCUCUUGGGCCCCUGGCCGCUUCUCAGCCCCUGCUGAGGCCAUGGCUGCGGAGGAUCAGUGCAUCCUCGACGGUUGCUUGGGGGACGUGGGGGGUGGGAGGUGGAGGGCGGACCCUAGACUGGUAGACCGUGAGCUGACCCCGGAGAAGGGCCGGGUUGCGAAGGGCAACUGGCAGCCGGUCUGGCCCCACCCUCAGCUGGAACUACAAGCCCCAGAAGGCUUUGCGCCAGGGGGCAUUGGCCCCUGACCUCAGGGACGGAAACCAUUGUUACCUGGCAACAGCAAAGAGGUCGGGUGGCGGCAGCGGGCGGUGAAACUGCUUGGAAGGACGACGGCGGCAUGUGCGAGGGUCCUUCCCGCAUCUCGGGGCCCAUCCCCCCAGACCCUACGCUCUGUCCUGACUACUACCGGCGGCCGGCCUCGGCCCAAGGGCGCCUUGAGGGAAGCACGCUGAAGUUGGGCCUGCUGACUCCGGACCCCGACCUAGACGCCACCCCUCCCCGCGGACCCCGCAUCGGUCCCGGAGCCCGAGAAAUCCUGGAGCGUGGCCGGCGCGGCGUGGGUGGCGUGCUGCUGCAGCUCGGGGGUAUUUCCCUAGGCCCAGGGGCCUCUCCCAAGAGGAAGGACCCUAAAGACCAUGAGAAGGAGAACCUGAGGCGGAUCAGGGAGAUCCAGAGGCGCUUCCGUGAGCAGGAGCACAGCCGGGAGCAGGACCAGUCCAGGCCCCUGAAGGCUCUCUGGCGCUCACCCAAGUAUGACAAAGUGAAGUCCCAUGUCAAGGCCCAGCUGCAGGAGCCCAGCCCUGCCUCUGGGACAGAGCCUGCCCAUUUCCUGAGGGCACAUUCCCGUUGUGGCCCUGGGUUCCCACCACCCCGUGUCCCCAGUCCCCAGCUAACCCCACCAGGUCCCAAUGCUAAGGGCCCAGGCCCAAGUGUGGACUUCAUUACCCACAAUGCUCGCACUGCCAAGAGGGCCCCCCGGCGUCAUUCUCGCUCGCUGCAAGUCCUGGCACAGGUGCUGGAGCAGCAACGGCAGGCCCAGGAGCACUACAACGCCACACAGAAGGGUCACGUUCCCCAUUACUUGUUGGAGCGGAGGGAUCUGUGGCGGCAGGAGGCUGAGGCCCGUCAGCACAGCCAGCCGGACCCGGCCAUGCCGCCUGGCCACACUUGCAUGCCUGAGAACCAGCGGCUGGAGACACUGAGCAAUCUGCUCCAGAGCCAGAGCCAGCUGCUGCAUGAGCUGGUGCUCUUGCCUGCUGGGGCGGAUUCACUGAGAGCCCAGAGCCAUCGUGCUGAGCUGGACCGGAAGCUGAUGCAGGUAGAGGAAGCCAUCAAGAUCUUUUCCCGCCCCAAGGUCUUUGUGAAGAUGGAUGCCUGAGCCCUUUUAUGGGGAUAGAGUCAGGGGUCUCACUGAGGAUCGCUACAUGGUUAUAAAGGGCAGGACUGGGCCCCAUCAUAGAGUGGAGUUCGAAGACAGGAGCAGUGGGUGGGCAGUAUCCCCAGAGCACUCUUCCCAGUCACUGGUGGCUGUGGAAGGGCCAUCCCAGCCUCUUAACCCCUUUGUCAAAAUUAAACUUUUUGUACACAGUG